AUGUCAUAUCUCAUUACCCUCCUUUCAUUCAUGUUCAAUAUCUCACAUGCCUUGAAGUUACAUAGUGGUAAUGAAACUGAUAUGCAAGCCUUACUUGCCUUCAAAGAAGGGAUAAUUCAAGAUCCUUAUGGUAUUUUUACUUCAUGGAAUAAUUCAUUCCAUUUUUGCAGCUGGAAAGGUGUCACCUGUGGCCAUCUUCAUCAAAGAUUGACUAAACUGCACUUAACAUCACUUGACUUAGUAGGUACUUUGUCACCUUACAUAGGAAAUCUUACUUUUCUUACUAGUCACAACCUUGAGCUCAACAAUUUACAUGGAAAAAUCCCACCACAGGUUGGUGGUUUGUUUAGGCUUCAGCAUCUUAGUUUGACUAAUAACUCAUUUUCUGGAGAGAUACCGAUAAAUCUUUCUUGUUGUUCGAAUCUUGUUGCACUUCAUUUUGGUUGGAAUCAAUUGUCUGGAAAGAUUCCAUUUGAGCUUGGUUCAUUGCAAAAGCUUGAGAGAUUGCAAGUUCAUAACAACAACCUCAAUGGACCGAGACCGGAAAAAUUAGGUAAUCUUUCCACAAUCAAAUCACUUUCGUUAUCAGUUAACAAUUUGGAAGGAAGUAUUCCUAGUUCUCUUAGCCAAUUGAAGACAUUGAAUGUUCUUGGUUUGGGUAUAAAUAAGUUCUGUUCUAAGGAUCCGUUUACUGGACCCCUUCCAAAGUCAUUAACUAAUGCUUCCAAUCUAGUUGAACUUGAUGCAUAUGGUAGUAAUUUCACUGGAAAAGUGUCGAUUGACUUCGGGGGGUUAUCGGAUCUUUGGUGGCUGAUUCUUGCAUCAAAUUCCAUUGGAACAGGAGAUGUUGAUGACUUGAGUUUUUUCAAUUCUUUGAGUAGAUGCAGAAAUCUGAAAGUUCUGGAUUUGAGUGAUUGCAAAUUUGGAGCUGUUCUACCUGAUUCUAUUGCAAAUUUAUCAACGACUCUUAUGUCACUUAGAUUGGGAGGUAAUCAACUAUUUGGUAGUAUUCAUUCAGGAAUACGUAAUCUUGUUAACUUGACUGAAUUGCAAUUGCAAAAGAAUGAUUUUUCUGGUAGCAUUCCUGAAGUCAUUGGCAAUCUUCGUAGGCUUCAGUUAGUGGACUUGUCCAAAAACAAGUUUUCAGGUAGUAUAUCAUCGUCUAUGUCUAACAUGACUCGAUUAUAUUCACUACAUUUGGAAAAGAAUGAGUUAACUGGUAAUAUUCCCCUUAGUUUUGGCGAUUUCUGGUACUUGCAAGAUAUAGACCUUUCUCAGAAUCAUCUAAGUGGUAGCAUACCAGAUGGAGUUAUGAGUUUGUCUACCUUAACAAAUUCUCUUAAUCUUGCUGACAAUCAAUUGUCCGGUUCGCUAUCAGUUGAAAUUGGAGCUCUCAAUAAUCUUGGAAGAUUGGAUAUUUCUAAUAACAUGUUGUCUGGGCAAAUUCCUAAUAGCAUAGGGAGGUGUGUAGCAUUGGAAAGCCUUGUUUUAGCUGGCAACUUCUUUGAAGGUAUAAUUCCUUCAUCCCUUAGUUCUUUGAAAGGUCUCGAAGAAUUGGAUUUUCUCGCAACAAUUUAUCUGUUUGAGGGUCAGUUGCCAACUGAAGGUGUUUUCAGAAAUGCAACUGCAAUAUCCGUAUCAGGGAAUAAGAAACUUUGUGGGGGUAUACCGGAACUGGAGUUGCCAAUAUGUCCGAACACUGACCCUGAGGAAAGAGAUAAGUCCAGAAGCAUUAAGCUAAUGAUCCCUCUUCUUUCUUGA